AUGAUAGAAAUUUGUCUAGAUACACCUAGUGGUCGUUGGUUUAUUUCUUAUUUUUCUGAUGAACACAAUCAUCCGCUUCUGGAUCCUCGGUUGACUGGAUUGCUUCGUGGGCAUAGAUUCAUGUCCGAGGCUGAUAUUGGCCACAUGAUUAACAUGAAAAAGGGUGGGAUUAGUGUUGGGCAGAUAUAUCGGGCAUUAGCAAAUCAGGCAGGUGGCUACGAGUAUCUCUCUUUCACGCAAAGGGACAUGUACAAUAAAAUAGCAAAGCAGAGGCACCAAUUACCCAUUGAUGCAUAUGCAGCUUUGAAGUAUCUAGAAGAUCAAGCAACAAAUGACCCUUCUCUCUAUUUUAAUAAUCACAUGGAUGCCGAUGGUACUCUGCACAAUUUAUUCUGGUGCAAUGGUCUCAGUAGGGCAGAUUACUUAUUAUUCGGCGAUGUGCUGGCUUUUGAUGCUACCUAUAAGAGGAAUAAAUAUAUGUGUCCAUUGGUGGUAUUUUCUGGUGUCAAUCAUCACAAUCAAACAAUUAUCUUUGCUGAUGCUUUAAUUUGCGAUGAGGAAAAAGACACGUAUAGGUGGUUGCUACAACAACUGAAGGUGGCAAUGAAUGGGAAAGCACCUGUUUCGGUUAUCACGGAUGGUGAUCUAUCAAUGAAGUUCGCCAUUGAGAAAGAGUUUCUUAAUGCACAUCAUAGAUUAUGUGCAUGGCAUCUGAUUCGUAAUGCAACAAAUAACAUUGGCAAGCCCCAGUUUACCUCUAUGUUUAAAAAGUGUAUGCUAGACGACUAUGAAAUGGAUGUAUUUCGUCAAAAGUGGUUUGAAAUGGUUGAGGAAUUUGGUGUCGAAAACAAGAAUUGGGUCCUAGAUAUGUAUAAAAAGAGACAUUCAUGGGCAACUGCACAUAUAAGAGGAAAGUUUUUUGCUGGUUUUCGGAAUACUUCUCGGUGCGAGGGAUUAAACUCAAUCAUUGCAAAGUAUAUCAAUUCAAGGUACAAUCUGGUUGAGUUCAUUCAACACUUUAAUCGAUGUGUCGACCAUAUAAGGUGGAAAGAGGUCCAGGCUGACCUCGCAUCUAUGAAUGGGAGUAGAUCCAAUAUACAAACCUGUUUUCAACAGUUAGAAAGGAGUGCUGCCAAUGUUUACACCUUAUCAAUAUUUUAUAUGUUCCAACCAAUCCUUGUACGGGCUUGA